AUGUCUUACACUGCCGUUCACGCCAACCCCCGGGGCCCGGGUGAUGCCCGACCCACAGCCCUCCAAAUCGUCCAAGACAGCAACAUGCAAAACCAACUCAAAGGCAAAGUCGCCGUCGUGACGGGCGUCUCCUCCGGCCUGGGGGUCGAGACUGUCCGCGCCCUCGCCGCCACCGGCGCAACGCUGUACCUAACAGCCCGCGACCUGAGCAAAGCGCGCACAGCCCUAGGCGACAUCUUCCAGCCAGAAACCAUGGAGCUGGUACCAAUGGAUCAAGCCUCUCUUUCCAGCGUGCGACAAGCUGCAGAGUUCAUUUUGUCCAAGACAACCAAAGUGAACAUCCUCAUCGGCAACGCGGGGAUCAUGGCCGUGCCGGACCUCCAGCUCACAGAGGACGGGUACGAAGUGCAGUUCGCGACGAACCACCUCGCCCACUUCCUUCUGUUUAAUUUGCUCAAGCCGGCCCUGUUAGCGGGAAGUAGUCCUGAGUUUCAUUCAAGGGUGGUUCUGGUGUCGAGCUCAGGACAUCGCGUGCAUGGGAUUAAUGAGCCGGAUAAUUAUCAAUUCCAGAAGGGUGGGUAUCAUCCCUUGGUUGCGUAUGGGCAGUCCAAGACGGCGAAUAUCUAUAUGGCAAGUGAGAUUGAGCGGCGGUAUGGAGGACAGGGGCUGCAUGGGCUGAGCUUGCAUCCUGGGAUUAUUGCCACCGGGUUGGGGAGGUAUCUGUCCGAGGAACAGAUUCAGGCGCUGUUGAGUGAUGAGACGGUGGGUAGGGUUGCGAAGAGUACGGAGCAGGGUGCGGCCACUACAUUGUGGGCUGCUGUGGGAAGAGAAUGGGAGGGUAAGGGAGGGAAGUAUCUGGCUGAUUGUGCCCUUGCAGAGGAUAAAGAGUAUGAUGGGCAUGUUGGCAGGACGAUCGUGAGUUAUACAUAUUGGCCGGAGGGAGAGGAGCGGUUGUGGAGAGAUUCGUUGGAGAUGAUGGGCUUACGGGAGGAUUAG